GAACUGAAGCAGUCGUUACAAGAGAAGACGAGUGAGCUCGACGAAUGUUUGCUUGAGCUGCAACUGAAAUCUGAUGCUUUUAAUAUGGAAAAUAGAAAUUCUGAGGAGUUAAAGCAGCUGUUAGCUGAGAACAAAGAUCAGCUGGAGAAUUGCCUUCUGGAUUUGCAACAGAAAUCAAAAGAUUUACAGUUUUUUACUGAGAAGAACUGUGAGCUUGAGAAGUGUUUGUUUGAUCUCAAACGAAACAGCGAUGCUUUGAAGCAAGCAUUAGCUGAGAGAGACAUUGAAAUUGAGAAAUCCCUGCUCGAGUUGCAGGAGAAAACCUUUUUUGCAUUGAAUACUCAAAACUUGGUUAGUUCUUUGCAGGAAUUGGCCUCAAGUAGAGAUAAGGCCCUAAAGGACAUAGAGGAGAGUACUCAUGAUAUUGAUUUCCCUCAUGAUCUCAUUUCCUUGGAUAUCGUGGAUAAAAUUAGGUGGCUUGUAACAAAAGCACGUAUAUCCGCUGAGAUUUUAAAGGAACAUCAGAGAGCCAAAGAUGUUUUUUUUUCUGUUGGUGCGCUAGAAGCUGUUUCAUCAACAACUGAAUUAGAUUCUCAAGUUGAGUGGCUUGUGAGAUCUUUCACUCAAUCUAAGGAUGAAGUUAGUAAGCUGCAGAGUAAACUCAAAGAAGUUGAGAUCCUUUUAAUUAAGCUUGAAGAACUCAAGGUCGAUCAUAAAAAUUUUGCAGAAAACCUGGCAGUAAUUUCAUCUGAAAAGGAAAGAUUUUUAGAAUUUCUAAAAGAGGUAACUGAAACCAAGCUGGAUGAUCAGCUUUCUGUUGACACGGAUGCAAUGUUGGAGAAAUCCAUUGUUUAUCUCAGGGAAAAGAUGAAAUUAUCCUUGAAUGAUCAUUGGAAGCUGGAAAACAUGCAAAAAUUAUUGCAUGUAACUUCUGUUGAACUGACAUUAUUUGAGAAAAUUGUUGAAGAACUGCUAAUGGAUGGAUUGAAGAUGACAAGUCUGUCUGAGGAAUUAGGGACAGCAUUGAAGGAAAUUUAUGCUUUGAAAAACGAGAAGGAAUCCAUGAAACUUGAACUAGAGCGACUUGAGGAGAAAAACUCUCUCAUCAGGGACAAACUUUCUAUGGCUGUGAAGAAAGGAAAGGGAUUGGUGCAAGAACGUGAAGGAUUUAAAUUUGCUCUGGCUGAGAAAAGUUCUGAAAUUGAGAAGCUGAAGGAAGAUUUACAGCUUCAGGAGUCCAAAAUCUGUGAAUACAGGGAACGAAUUAAGAGUCUUUCUGCUUACCCAGAACAGGUUCAAAAGCUGGAGGUCAAAGUUGCUUCCUUGAAAGAUGAAAAAGAGCAGACUGAACAUUUUUUGAAUGAAAGCAAACAAACCUUGAAAAGAUUAGUUGAUUCUAUCAAUGAUAUCGCUGUCCAUACUGACAAAAUUUUUGAAGCUCCUAUAGAGAAGGUUGAAUGGAUUGCGAGGCGGAUCAAUGAAAGAGAAAUUGCUAAUGCUAACUUAGAACAGGAGCUAGAGAAAGUAAAAAUAAAUGCUGAUUUGAAUUCUAACGAGUUAGCUGAAGCUCUUGAGACUCUGAAGUCACUAGAGAUGGAUUUACACAAUAAAGAAGAACUUAUUCAUGAUAUUUAUGAUGAAAAGAACACCAUCGAAGUUAGUAAAACUAAAGUUGAAGAAGAGUUACACAAAGCAAGAGAGGAAAGCUUCAUGCAGGCAAGCAACCUAGCUGGUGCUCAUGCAGCCAUGAAAUCUCUGGAAGAUGAGUUAUUAUUUGCAGAAGAUAAACUUUCUGCACUUGAUUCAGAAAAGAAUAUAAUUGUAUCAAAAAAAAAUCUUGAGAUUAGUGCUUUAAAUGCCAAAUUAGCUGAAUUGAUGGAGGAGCUCUCCAAAACUCAGGGUAAUUCAGAAAACCAGUCAGCUGAGCUUCUUUCCGAGCUCAGAAAGCUCCAGAUAUUUAUGACAAAUGAGGGAUUAUUUCGCUUAAUGCUUCAACAAUUUCAUAAUAAGGUGGAGGGUUUAAAACAUGUGUGGAUGCUGGUUCAGGACAUUCAUGAUAAUGUGACGGCAAAGGGUCUACAUAUUCACCCUGACAUGGAGGUGCAUAGAAAUUUAAUCCCGUUUUUUCACCCACAACCCUUCUGUUCAUUUUCUUUCUAUAUG